AUGCCAGAAGAAUACGAGGAUGCUUCAUUUCGUGAAAGGAUUCUAGCAUCAAUAAGUUUCCACCAUAUACUCAUGGUACUGGUUGUCGUAGCUAUGAUAUUACUAUCACUUUUACUCGCAGGUUGCUCCUCAUCAUCACCACUUAUACCUGGAAUAUUCCUUAUAUCUCUUUAUUACCAAAAAUACGUUCCAGUGCCUUCGACUGCUCAAGUUGAUUAUAACGCGCACAACGCUAUUGCCGUCGUCGCCGGAGAAGCUGUACUACAAUGCAGGGUUGGCUAUUUCGGAAUUUGUAUCAAUCCUGAUGGGGGCUCUUGGCUUUGCAGCAACAACGCAACAGCCCUUGCAAACGAGAUAGCCCUAUCACAAGACCCGCUAAAUUUGGUUUGGCUGGCAAGCCAAUUUAAGGAUAUGAUUGUCUUUCCAUACUUACUCAUCAUUGCAGUUUUGUUUGCAUUUCUUUGUCUACUCAUCCUCGCAACUUUUCCUAACUGGGAGAACGAAGGAGAGGGUGAGCAAUUGCAUCUGGUUAAACGUUUUCCCACACGGUCAGUCGCACAAGUUACACUGAUCACAAUAUUCAUAUCCUGCGCGUUUGUGUUAGUGUCAGUUCUAUGGCAACACACAGCCUCUGUUGCCGCUUCAAUUAUCGUCCAGGACUUCGGAAACGGAAGUGUAAGAAGUGGCGUUGGCACAUCAGCUAUGGUCCUCGGAUGGUUUGGUCUAGUAUUCCUAGUCACUAUCAUGAUUGGACUACUGUUCUAUUGCCUAACCCACUUAUCUAUGAGACAAGCAGAAGAAGGAAGAUGA